AUGUCUGAUGCUUAUCCAGAAUAUAUUGAGGAAUUUAAUAUAGAGAUAGCUGAUUACAAUCCAAUUGAACCUACUGCUUAUAUGGCUUUACCAGAAACGAUGUCAAAACGUAAUAAUGUUUCUACAUUGGAAAAAAGCAUAAAAGCUUUUAGUAAUCAUAAAUGUAUACAACCAAAUCCAUAUUGGAUAAUUUGGGAUCUUGAAUGCUUAACUGCAAAACUAACUCCAGAAGAAAAUGCUCAAUUAAUUUGGACUGAAAAAAUUCAAAGGCAUAAACCUUGUGGUUAUAGUUAUGUAGUAAUACGUAUGGAUAGUUUUGGUAAUUAUGAAAUUACAAGCUAUGAUUUAUAUAAAGGACCAAAUGUGUUAGAAAAGUUUGUAGAUAAACUUGAAGAGGAGCUAGCAGAAAUUCAAGCAGAUUUAUCAUCACCUGUGGAAAUAAUUAUGGAACCAGGAGACCAUAUAACAUUUAAUAAGGCAACAGAAUGCUAUAUUUGUAAGAAGCCCUUUAUUGAGCCAGCACCAGAAAUUUUACAACAAUUUGAAAAAGCAAAACAACAAUUAUUAAAAUGUCCAGAAGAAAUACCCGAGAUACAAAGUAUAGCACUUGAUGUUAAAAUAGGAUAUAUGCUCAAAGUUGAUAUAGAGACCCCAAUAAACUUGCACAAUUUCUUUACAGAUUAUCCUUUAGUACCGAAAAAGCAAAUCGUACCAGAAAACUGGCUUAGUUUAUAUAAUGAAAGAUUAGUACAUAACAAAGCAGUUGGAGGUGGAAAAUAUGUAAUGGAAGAAAAGCUAUUACAAACCCUCUUACUUAAGAAAAAUUAUAUAGUUCAUUAUAGAGCUUUAUAG